AUGAUAUUUGAUGAUGAUAAUGAUGAUGAUAGUCAUGAUGAUUACGAACCAGAAGACUCAAGUUCAAGUGAAGAAACUUCGAUUGAUAGUGAAGAUGAGGAUGGCAAUGACGAUGAGAAAGAAGAUCACAAUGAAGAAGAGGAUGACGACGAAGAUGAUAAGUAUAAAAAAUUUACAAUUAUCUUCUGGGCUAUGUUGCAAGACAACGAUGAAUUCGUAGACUUUCUUCUGGACAACCAAGUGGAUAUAUGGGCGAGCACUAUAGACUGUGGACCAAUCAUCUAUGCAGCAAUUUCUAUGAGGAAAUAUAACUACCUGCAGCGACUAAUGGAAGAUGAAUUUCCUGUAAAUUACCACGGAUCUGUGCCCCAGGUUCAUUCUUACGAUUCAUACCCACUGUUGGAUCUUGCUAUCAAACUAAAUGAUUGCAAAAUGGUCGAAUACUUAAUUAGUAUGGGAGCUCAAAUUAACUUGGAUGCUAAAGUGUUAAUGGUGGCUGGUAUUCCUGUUUGUGAAGAAGGCAAGAAAGCUGCGUAUGAAGAAGAGUUUCAAGAUUUUUGGGAAAAAUGUGAAGAAGAAGUUGAGACAUUGAAACGGCUGCCUGUGAAUGGGACUGAUUUGACCUACUUCGACUUGCUUCAUCGAUCCAAAGAUGAGUUGACCUCAUGCUUGCAGAAUUUUGACAACUGUAUCAACAUUGAAGAAGCUUUGAAGAAGACUUUUCCCGUUUAUGGAGGGAUGAUUGCUUACCGUAUUAUCAAAAGUACAAAAAACUUUUGGUUGAAAAUCGAAUGA